UGGCUUACAGAGUGGCGCGCAAUGUUCGUAAAGACUUGCUCCACGCAAAAAGAAAGAUUGGUUUACUGACGAGUCCAUUAGCAGUUUGUGGCCAAACUCUCCCCUUCUGCUUCCUUUCUUUCCUCGUAGCUUCAAGCUUUGCAUUACUGAUAAAAGCAUUAUUAUUCCUAUAACGAUAUAUCAAAUGCUAUCAGAAGUGCAAGUCUAACCAAAAACGCCAUAAAGAAAACCGCUCAAAACGGAUCUCUCCGCUCUCGUCCAAUCUUCCGCUCAUCGAUAUUCCCCAACCUCCAGCUCCCCAAGCAGAGUAAUAAAAAAAAAAAAAAAACACGAAAGCUGGCCCAAUACCAAUAUCUCGCCUACAAUGUCCGAAAACAGCGUUCCGCUUCUCGAUUUAUUAGCCUCUCCCCAUAAAACCAUUUAUCGAUCCCACAGGCGUGAUAAUGGCCAGCUUGCUGGCGGUGCAGUCGGUGAUCAUGCAGGGAAAGAACUCGUUCGAGCUGUACGGUUACGAUAUACUUCUCGACGAGGAUCUGACGCCGUGGUUGCUCGAGGUGAACGCCUCGCCAGCGCUGACCGGCACGGACAGCGAGGAUUAUCGGCUCAAGUUCGAUCUCCUCGACGACACGCUCAACGUGCUCGACUUCGAGGGCCGUUUCACCGGCAGAGAGACCAGAAUCGGUGGUUUCGAUCUACUGUGGAACGAUGGUCCGGUGUGGACUUACUGUCCCAAUCCAUCUGUUUGCGGCGAGCCACCGACCGAUCUUAAGAAACUGAAUAUUUUCCUUGGAGCACGGAAUGAUAGAGUCGAACAACUGCGCCAACUCAAACAGUGUUUGGAAGAGAAAAGGAACAAGGUGCAGAACGAUCGUGUCGGGAUGCGUCGAUGAUGAACGAAUUGGAGAUUCUCAACGUCUUGUCCGAGGGAUCUCUCAAUAUCUACUCUUUGUUAUAACACAGUAUCGAAAAAGUAUUGAAAUGUUAUACGUAGCUUAUAUAUCCACGAGUUUUCCAGCGGAAAAAUAGAAACAAAAUUUAGGGUUUAACAUUUUGGUUGUAACGAAGUUUGUUCAAGCCCUAAAUUUUGUUACGAAGGAGUGGAACAGUACAGAGCACGUUAGACGCGUUGAUGGCUAAGACGACGUUUUUAAUAGUUGGUUAGUUUUAAUAGUCGUUUCGAAUGUUAAAUUUUGCCUCCGAUAAUGGAUUUUUAAAUAUAAAUUAUAUAACUUGCAAACAUUAAAAUAUUGGAUGAAUCGCUGCUAUCGUGAAAGAACACCUGCACCAUUGUUCCUCUAGAUGUGUUCUCUUGCAUAUGUAUAUCAUUUUCUAGGAAAGAAAUGUAUUUAGGCUACGCUCAUCUUCAUCUUUCAUUUUCAUCGUUUUAUGACACAAGACGUUUGUAUUCGCAAUUUGUUAAAAUUCAGCGAAACGCUCCGUAGGAAGUUAUGUUUUAAAGAUAAACCUCAUGCUUUAACGAGGGUUUACAUUGCAGCAAGUAGGGCAGUGCAAAUUAAUACCGAUUUCAAUGUAAAUUUCUCCAGGAUAUACAUAUUUGAAAAAAAAUACGUAAAAAAAUUCGUAUGCGAAGAUUCUGGCAAAGUUUCGUAGAGGAGCAGCAAGCAGCAAUAAUUCUUGUUUAGCAUUGUCAGCUACGAUACAGACAGAAACUUCGCUGCUUUGUUAGCUUAAUAGCAAAUGACAGCGGUAAUUCACGCAAUUCAUAACUGCACCUUGUGCAAGUUUAUCGAGGUCAAUACUUUCAUUCGAGUUACUUCUUCCACCCUGAGAAGAGUUUUAGCACAGUGCUGCGAAUCUCAUUUGAAGAACCGACGUAUUACGACUAUUCGUGCUCCUGUUAAUAACACAUUUUAAUACCUAUUAAUAGCGUUCGCGCGUAAUAAAAGUCUGUUCUACAUUUGGCUUGCUUCGUCCGUAAUUACUUCUUCGGAUUUAAACGGUUCGAGCUUCUUGGUAUUCGGAGCAACAUUCUAAAUUUCAUCUUCGACGCUUUUGAAUCUUUCGAGAAAUCUUAGAUUAGACUGGUAUUUCCAACAAAUUCGAAAUUUUACGCACUCAGCUUCUAAAAAAGACUUUACAAAAUUUUUAGGAUUUUGGAAUGUCCAAAUCCUAAGUGGGAAAAAUUAUGCGAGUCCCUUUGGCGAGUGUCCAGUGAAGUAUAAAAUUAUAUGUUUUAAUAUUACGAACAUGAAGCAUGCAGCUUUACUGUGCGUAAAUCUUCCGACGAAUUGAUAAAUUCUUUCUUUUCUCUUACUCUUUUAUACAAUACACUCAAAAGACAAUAACGUGAAUACACAAUACUUGCCACUAAAUAUUUUCUUAAUACAUGGUAAGCAUAACAAGCAGUGUGAUUCAUAAUACACGAUAAGUGUUAUUAUCAAGCGCCUACAGACGUCAAUAAUAAUCAAAGGGUUGAUUAAUCUCUUGCUAACUUCUUUUCCCAUGAAGAGAAAAGGCUACCACUCGUGAUGCUACACAUCGCUACCUUAAUCUUCCACUCGUAAACUCAUAACUAUGUACGUCAGAUGUGACUAGCGCUUUAAAAAUUUCGAUUAUGUAUCGAUCAAUUACGAAAAAAGCACAUCCCAUGGUCACUCACGAUACUCGUAUUGUAAUACCAGAAUAUUGUUAUUCGUUACAUUCCUAUAGCGUAUUAAUAUUUCGUUCUUGCUUUAUUAUCGAAUCAAGCUUCUCUGCCGUUCAUGGACACAAAAAAAUAUGUAAUUUCGUAUCAAAUAAAGAUAUAAACGUUAUCAAACUUUAUGAAAAUCCACGUUGCGCUGCAAUAGAAGCUACGGCGAUCGAAAAACGAAGCUACUGUUUUAUUACAAUUUUUCAUCGUAUUCUAAAGUAACAAGACAUCUUGUCUAGUCAGGAACAGGAAUAAAAAUUACCAGAAUUUCCCAUCUUACGUCGCAAGAUCGCCAAGCUUACACUUUUAUCCACCCGUAGAAACCAUCUAGCUGACGACUCGAUUUUCACGAAACUUUUACGUCACACAUCGGAAAAAUUGGGUUCACGGAAGUGGAACGAAUUGCAGACGUUUGGAUUAUGGCUUACACGCGAGCGUGUACAUGCCGGUGCACGCGUGUACAAAGUUUCCAUGAAUAUGUAUACACUUAUGCGGCGGGCAUAUUCGCGCUCGUUAGUUUCAGCCAGCCACAUACCCGGUGGUCGUUGUUGCCAACGUAGCUACGAUGAAAUUGAAUCGGAGAAUAAAAAACGAAACCUCGAUAUGCCGUAGAUAUGACGGAUAUGAUCGUGCUCGAUGACUGACUAUUAUACAUGGGAUUCAGCCGAAAAUGUUGCAUCCUCGGUUGCGUCAUUUGGAACUCGUAUAUCGGACGGUGACUUAUUGCCUUUUUGAUUAUCGUUCGAGUCACGUGACGCACGGGUCGACGAUUUGCCACACGUUUUACGCGUUGAUAUUCGCGCGGAACACACGCAUUUAAUCGGAAUUUUAUGUUAUUAGGAACGAAACAGUGAAACGCGCGAAUGUCACGUAAAUGUAACGUUAUUGAACGAAUAAUGCGAAGCGAAAUCUAGAAAUUCUGGGAAUUCGAACGUUCGAACGAAUAAGAAAUGUUAAGGUUUCAGAAUUUAAGAGUUUGAAGGUUCGAAAGUUGGAUAAUUCGAUAAUUUGCAAUUUGGAUAAUUAAGAGCUUGGAAGUUUGGAAAUGCGAUAUUUGCGUAUCUAAAAACCUAGAGACGUAGAAAGCCGGGAACUUUAAAAGCUUGAGAACUAAA